ACCUAAGUACGGAGCAUUGGAGGAAAAAGGAGGCUACGGCCGCUAGGAUCAGAGAGUCGUCUCUCGUGUAGUCGUCUGUGCCUUGUUGCCGAAGGAGACGAAACACAGUAAAAUCGAUUAAUAUCACAACGAUGCUCCAACUUGGUUAUUAACCACGCGCCACACUCGCUACUGCAACUUCGAGAGUGACCAAUUACUAGGAAGAAGAAGAAGGGAAAGAGCGAAUCGAAAGACGAACUGGAAUUGGGAAUUUCGGGUAAGAGUCUUCUCCCUCCUCUGCGACAAGUUCGCAGGAGCAGAGGGAGAACCAUAGAAAUUGGAGUCUGAGAAGUGGAAUGGAUGGUCCCUUCCUAUCUCCUCCAGCGAAGCGUCCUUUCUUCAACGAAUCCGGAAUGCACGAGAAUAAUCCAUACACCACCACCAACGGCACAACCAAGCGUGGCCGCGGUGGAAAACCCCUUCCGCCCCCAAUUGUCUUAGCCGUUGGUCAGGUUGCCUUUCGCCUUCUCUGUCAUGUCUCCAAGAUCGGUGGCGUCAUCGGCAAGUCCGGCAGCAUCGUCAAGCUUUUCCAACAAGAGACCGGCGCUAGGAUCCGUGUGGAGGAAUCCACCCCUGCUUGCGACGAGCGCAUCAUACUCGUCGUGGGUUCCGAUUCUCAGAAUAAAAAAAUCGAGUUUAAGGACGACAAUGGCAAUGAAGUCGCAGGGGAAUACGACGUCUCUCCUGCACAAGAGGCACUCGUUAAGGUCUUCGAUAGGUCCCUCGACGUCGAAGCGGAGACCGAGGGUGUCUUCCCUCCUGGGGGAGGUGUCGUUUCCUGCAGAUUGUUGGCUGUUACCAGUCAAAUUGGCUCGAUCAUGGGGAAAGGUGGGAAGAUUAUUGCGAAUAUGAGGAAGGACACUCGUGCCAGGAUUAGCGUGUUGCCUCCGGAGCAGCUCCCUGCUUGUGCCUCUCCGAAUGAUGAAGUCAUACAGAUUACAGGAGACAUUUUGGCAGUAAAGAAAGCACUAGUUGCCGUCUCCGGCCGCCUUCAAGCUUGUCCAUCAACAGACAAAGUACAAUCAGUCUUAAGCAGGCCUACUGAGACAAAUAUGCAUGGAAACUUUCCUGAUCCACACGGAGAAUUCCUUCCUCAUAGGAGUUCACUGCUUCCACCUACCUCAAGCAGCUCUCUUGACUAUACAUCCAGAGGCCGUCUACUGUCUACUGAUGUGGACAGGAUCACCGCCUUGGAGCCAAAAAAGACUCAACAAGAAGUUUCAUUCAGGCUCCUCUGUUUAAAUGAUAAGAUUGGAGGCGUAAUUGGCAAGGGAGGUACCAUUGUCAGGGCACUGCAGAAUGAAACAGGUGCUUCUAUUAGUUGUGCAGGCUCUGUAGCUGAGUCGGAUGAGCGCGUAAUCACUGUAUCAGCAUUGGAGAACCCAGAAAUAAGGUACUCCCCAGCGCAAAAUGCUCUUCUUCGUGUUUUCACUAGGUCCGUAGAGGCUGGCAUGGAAAAGGGGCUAGAAUCCGUGUCAUCUAAAGGAGCUACUUUUUCAGCUCGUCUUCUAGUACCAUCAAACCAAGUUGGUUGCUUGAUGGGUAAGGGUGGUAUAAUAAUUUCAGAAAUGAGGAGGCUAACAGGUGCUGGAAUACGGAUAAUUGUAGGAGACCAGGUUCCGAAGUGUGCCUCAGAGAAUGAAGAAAUAGUACAGAUUAGUGGAGAAUUUGGCAUGGUUCGUGAUGCUUUGCUUAAAGUUACCAGUAGAUUGCGGGAUAAUCUUUUUCCUAAUAAGAUGCUCCAAAGCCCUGUAGUUGGAAACUACUCUUCCUCUGCUAUCCCAGAGAUUGGUCCCUAUGGAAGAGGGAGGGAGCCUACUUCUCCUAGGUUCUACCCAUCAAUGGGCCUUUCUCAUGACAUUGAUCAACAAGCUUCUCUCACACAAAGUAUGGAUCAUCUUGGACUUUCCCACAGUGUAGAUCACUCUCCUCCAAGGUUAUGGGCGUCACAGACUGUGAGUGGGGGAAAUCCAAGAGGCGUCACUGACAUUGGAAGGGGAUUAACAAAUCAUAGAGGUGGCAUAGAACUUGGCAGUGGAAGCAAAUCUGCAAUAGUGACAAAUACAACUGUGGAGAUCGUAGUCCCUGAACAUGUUCUUGGCUCUGUCUAUGGGGAAAAAGGUAGCAAUCUGAGUCGCUUAAGGCAGAUUUCAGGCGCCAAAGUUAUAGUACACGAUCCUCAUACUGGUGCAAGUGAUGGGAUGGUCAUCAUAUCUGGAACCCCUGAUCAAACUCGGGCAGCACAGAGCCUACUCCAAGCUUUCAUCUUAAAUGGAUCUUAACUGGAUCACCAGAUCAUCAGUCCCGGCUACUGUUCUCAUUCAACAGAAGAGGACGACCAAACAAUUUGCAGCUUGUCUGUUUCUACUGAUAUUGGCUUUGUGGUAAGAGUUGGUUAAUUCUUAGAGCACUUAAAAUAUGAAAAUAUAUCAAUAUGACAUGUCCAACUUGUAGUCUUUUCCUAGUAGGAGUUUCUCUAGGAAACCUUAAAUUAUGAAAAAGAAAACAAAAUGAAAACCAUGGUCCUGAGUUAACAUUGACCCUUCUGUUAAUAGGGUAUAGGAGGAUUCUAUCUGAUCAUUACCUAUAAUUGGAAUCUAUAACUGCUCUGCUGGUUGUUAGAGAUCGGAAAGGAAAGGGCAAAAGAUUCUUUUUGUUUUGA